AAUUUUGCUUGCAUUUCUUGUUUUUUUUUUUUAGAUACAGAGAUGGAUCCGUGCGACUUCGAAACCCAAAUAUUGAGCUUAUGGAUCAAGAUAUACUAUAUCAUCUUGCUCUGGGCAGUGGUUCCCACGAUCUCGUUGAAAUGUUUGGAGACGUCAAGUUUGUGUGUAUGGGAGGAACGCCGAAGCGUAUGGAACAAUUCGCUAAUUACAUAAUGAAGGAAAUAGGUCAUAAGCUUCCAGCCGGAACAACACUUCUUGAUAUUAGUCAGUAUUCAUAUCGUUAUUCCAUGUAUAAAGUUGGACCGGUUCUUUCUAUUAGUCAUGGAAUGGGUAUACCAUCGGUUGGAAUCUUGCUUCACGAAGUGAUUAAGCUGAUGUACCAUGCAAAGGUGAAAGAUCCAAUAUUCUUCAGGAUUGGUACAUGCGGAGGAAUUGGUCUUGAAGGUGGCACUGUCGUAAUUUCUGAGGAAGCAGUCGAUGGAAUGUUGAAGUCUUAUUUGGAACUGCCUGUACUUGGUAAAAUGGUAAGAAGACCUGCUAAAUUAGACAGACAGCUGGCUCGUGAUUUGAAGACACUAGCACAUCGUGACAAUCCUUAUGAUACUGUAAUCGGUAAAACGAUGUGUACUUAUGAUUUCUACGAAGGACAAGGCCGAAUGGAUGGUGCAUUCUGCGAAUUCACGGAAAAUGAAAAAAUAGAGUAUUUAAACAAGCUGCAUAAAGCUGGCGUAAUAAAUAUAGAAAUGGAGAGUCUUGCAUUUGCUGCUCUGACACAUCAUGCGGGCAUCAAAGCUGCUGUUGUUUGCGUAACAUUGAUAGAUCGAUUCAAAGGAGAUCAGGUAUUAGCACCAAAAGAAGUUCUGGACGAAUGGCAAAUAAGACCGCAAGAAUUAAUCGCACGCUAUAUAACGAGAUAUCUUCAACGAAAAGGCCGUCUCUCCUUAGAAGGUCAUGGAUCGAUGUGUGUCAAGAGUCCACGUCGGUUUAAAUUAGUACAACAGGAAUCGGAAAACUAUGAUUAAAUUCAGGACAUGUCAAAUACAGAAAUUACUAAGAAAAACCAAUAUGGAUUUUGUUAAGAGAAGAAUGUACUCUUACAGUACAAUGAAAACACACGGAUUUGUUAAUUCUAUCAACUAUUGAUGCACUGAUCAAACGUCCUUUUAUUUUUUUACGUAUGUUCAUAUUAUUGUCAUA